CCCCCCGUAGCCUGGUAACGGCGGCUCUGCGGGCGGGGGCGGCCCCGGCAGCCGCGGUCAGGUGGCACCGCCGAGACGGAGCCGGCCGAGCACGAUAAAAGUCCCGGCCCGCCGCAGCCACGGCCGCGAGGGAGCGCGGAGCCGCCGCCCGGGAGCCAUGCUCAGCGUUGGACACACUCCCUGAGCCACCCCAGCCCCAGAGCUCCGCGGUGCCGCUCCGUCACUUAGAGCAGGACUUUGUCACCAACUUGACUAAGCAGCGGGAGCUCUCGCUGUCCUGCCGCCACCAGGCCAGACAAUCCCUCCCUUGGCUGCAGAUCCCCUUGGCUCUCUUCCCAUAAUGGAAGCCUGAGUGCCAGGAUCCUCCAUGACCUCCAGAAGCCACAACUCCCUGCCGAGAACCCUGAUGGCUCCGCGCAUGCUCUCGGAAGGCGCCCUGGGGGGCAUCGCCCAGAUCACGCCCUCGCUGUACCUGAGCCGGGGCAGCGUGGCCUCCAACCGGCACCUGCUGCUGUCCCGGGGCAUCACCUGCAUCAUCAACGCCACCAUCGAGAUCCCCAACUUCAACUGGCCCCAGUUUGAGUACGUCAAAGUGCCUUUGGCCGACAUGCCCAACGCGCCCAUCUCGCUGUACUUCGACAGCGUGGCCGACAAGAUCCAGAGCGUGGCGCGGAAGCACGGGGCCGCGCUGGUGCACUGCGCCGCCGGCGUCAGCAGGUCGGCCACGCUCUGCAUCGCCUUCCUCAUGAAGUACCACAAGGUCUCCCUCUUCGAGGCCUACAGCUGGGUGAAGGCGCGGCGCCCCGUGAUCCGGCCCAACGUGGGCUUCUGGAGGCAGCUGAUAGACUACGAGAGGAAGCUCUUUGGGAAGACCACGGUUAAAAUGGUACAGACGCCCUACGGCAUCAUCCCGGACGUUUACGAGAGAGAGAGGAGACCCCUGAUGCCUUACUGGGGAAUUUAAUGGGACUGCAGAUGGGAAGCAGACUGGAGAUGUUCCCUUCUCCUUCUACAGCCAACUUUGGUUCUCUACCACACAGCAGAACCUCAAUUCUCACCUCGCUAACCUGCAAGGCCAACGAUUCCCUUCAAAGCAUUUUUCUCUAUGGGGAUUUCCCAUCUGCAUCUCUGAUUUAGUAAAACCAGGUCUCAUUAUAAGUUGAUUCCUUCCAUAAAGCCUCCAUCUUUUUUUCCUUUUUUUAGUCAGUUUAUUAGGAUCCUCCAGGGAAGGGCCUAAGAGGCAUUGGGCAGAGUGGAUGGCCCAAAUACGCUUCCUGCCACAGUAGUAGCCUGGAUAUUUUGUUAUAGCUUGUUUGCUUCCUUGCAAAACCCUGUAGUGGCUCGGGAGCAGCACUAGCGAGGCCCUGCUCCACAGCAGCAGGUUUUCCAAGCACCAGGGAGGCAGGAGUACAGGGGCUGUGGUGCUGGUGCUGGUGUUUUCUUUAACAUCCGUAGUGACUCUCAGUAUAUAGUGUUUGAGAUCUUUAGUCAGCUCUUAAUCGUAUUCAAAGUUAGGGGGGAAAAAGGGAAAAAACAAACAAACCAACAAAAAGAUUGAAUCAGCCCGUGUCGGCCACAAGUAAAAUAAAAAUUGAGCAAUUCAAAUCAAAUAAAUACAAGAUCCUUUUUCACUCAUUCCAUGCCAGGGCCAUAGCCCUGGAAUACACUUCAACCACUGGAAAAUGCUGGUGUGUUUUGUGGGUGGGAAGUUGACAGAUCUUGUCCAGAUGUGGCUCAAGGCAGAAGCAGGAGGGCUGAAGCCGCUGGGCAGCCAAAGAGACGCUCAGGAAUGUGUGCAUGGCCCUGCCCGGGCUGGGGCUGUGUGCCAGCAUCCAGCCCACCUGGGAGGGGUGAAUCCCCUGGGAGGGGUCAGUCCCCUCAGUUCCUGGGCUGGGGCUGUGUGCCAGCAUCCAGCAGCCAGCAGGCAGCCCACCCUGGGAGGGGUCAGUCCCCUGGGAGGGGUCAGUCCCCUCAGUUCCUGGGCUGGGGCUGUGUGCCAGCAUCCAGCAGCCAGCAGGCAGCCCACCCUGGGAGGGGUGAAUCCCCUGGGAGGGGUCAGUCCCCUCAGUUCCUGGGCUGGGGCUGUGUGCCAGCAGCCAGCAGCCAGCCCAGCCCCUGGGCUCCCCAGCUCCAGCUCCCCUCAGGACCUGCCUUAGCCCACUCCUGCCUCUCUCCAUUCCGUCCUCAAGGUUAUGCUGCAUUCCAGGGCUGCUCUUCUCUGUCCCCAGGGUGGUGACAGAGGCCUGGCCUCGCUCGGAGUGUGCCAGGAGUGACUCCAGCCCAGCCCUUCCCUGGAGAAGCCUUCCAGACUCCAGGGGCAGGGACUGGUUCCUUGGAGUGAGACUGGAGCCCGGGAGAGCCCCUGGUGCCCUGAGAAGGCCCCAGGGAGUUUCUGUUGCCUCUGGAGGAGGAGCAGGCAGAGUGCUGCCAUCGCUGUCUGAUUUCAAUGAGAUUCUAUACUUGUAAAAAACAAAUCAAUAAAGAUUAAACCAGAA